UUAUAGUCCUAAAUUUCUCUUUGUUUAAGGAACAGGUAUUGUCACCUGUUUUUGGAAAUCUGCACUGUCUUUAGAUAUUUUUAAGCUGAAUUCUUAAGAGUUAAAAUGCUGUCCAGUUCCUUGGUUAUAUAAAGUUUGACAGGACACAGCCAUUGUCUAGUUUUAUUUGUAACUUCCUGAAAUUCUUUUCUGUUCAUAGCUCUGUUCUUAAGACAUUUCAGCCAUGACUAAGAGGGAUGCCGAGGAGCUGAUAGAAAUAGAAAUUGAUGGAACUGAGAAACAAGAAUGCACCGAAGAAAGCAUUGUUGAGCAAACCUACACCACAGCAGAGUUUGUGAGUCAAGCUAUYGACAUCAAUGAGCCAAUUGGAAAUCUUAAGAAGUUGCUGGAACCCAGACUGCAAUGUUCCCUGGAUGCACAUGAAAUCUGUCUACAAGAUAUCCAGCUGGAUCCAGACCGCAGCCUCUUUGAUCAAGGAGUAAAAACAGAUGGAACAGUGCAACUCAGUGUGCAAGUAAUAUCUAGGCAAGGGAUAGAGCCCAAGUUAAACAUCCUGGAGAUUGUGAAGCCUGUGGAGACUGUGGAAGUGGUGAUUGAUCCAGAUGCUCAUCACGGUGAGGCYGAAGCUCACCUCGUUGAAGAAGCUCAAGUGAUAACCUUGGAUGGAACCAAACACAUAACAACAAUUUCAGAUGAGACCUCUGAACAAGUGACACGAUGGGCUGCGGCACUGGAAGGCUAUCGGAAGGAGCAGGAGCGCCUUGGGAUUCCCUACGAUCCCAUGCAGUGGUCGACGGACCAGGUGCUGCACUGGGUGGUGUGGGUGAUGAAGGAGUUCAGCAUGACCGACAUAGACCUCAACGCGCUCAGCAUCGCCGGGCGYGAGCUCUGCAGCCUCAGCCAGGAGGACUUCUUCCAGAGGGUCCCGCGGGGAGAAAUUCUCUGGAGCCAUUUGGAGCUGCUUCGGAAGUAUGUGCUGGCUAGCCAGGAACACUCUGGAGAAAUAGCAACUGUAACUAUUGAUCAGCCUGUGCAAAUUAUUCCAGCAUCUGUACAGCCUGCUACCCCAACCACCAUUAAAGUAAUCAACAGCAGCGCAAAGGCAGCUAAAGUACAGAGAGCUCCGAGGAUCUCUGGGGAAGAUAGAAGUUCCCCUGGUAAUAGAACAGGAAACAACGGGCAGAUCCAACUAUGGCAGUUUUUAUUAGAGCUUCUUACUGACAAAGAUGCUCGGGACUGUAUUUCUUGGGUCGGUGACGAAGGAGARUUCAAAUUGAAUCAACCUGAACUGGUUGCCCAAAAAUGGGGACAGCGCAAAAACAAACCCACCAUGAACUAUGAGAAGCUUAGUCGGGCUCUGCGGUAUUACUACGACGGAGACAUGAUCUGCAAGGUGCAAGGCAAGCGGUUUGUGUACAAGUUCGUCUGCGACCUGAAGACGCUGAUCGGGUACAGCGCGGCCGAGCUCAACCGCCUGGUCACGGAGUGCGAGCAGAAGAAGCUGGCCAAGAUGCAGCUGCACGGCCUCGCGCAGCCCGUCACGGCGGUCGCGCUGGCCACGGCCUCGCUGCAGGCGGAGAAGGACAACUGAGGCUGGCCUGGGCACGGGGCAGCCCCAGGCCUCUCCUGUGUGAGCGGAGAACCUGCUGCUCUUCCCUCUGCUGCGGCUGGAAGCUUCUUUUUUUUCUUUCUUGACAGUACCGUAUGAUGCAUGGUUUUCUACAAAGGAAAAGGACUCCCGUGAAUUUGGAUCUUUUAACAGCAUGUGUUUCAGUGUGAGCUAAGGGAUUGCCACAAUUUAUGCAGCUUUGAGGCUGGGUCUCGGUGGUAAGCGACCUGGGCUUGGUGAGGAGGGCUCAACGGGUCCRUGUUGUGUGUCCGUAGCUCUACAAAGUCAUUUUUGCAGUGCUUUUAAGAAAAAUUAAGUAUCUACAGGAAGCAGGGUGAUCCCCUAUCUGAAUUUGUUUCUUUCCACUUUUGUUCUCUGCUGAACUACCARAAGGAUUUGAUGCUUUCAGAGGUGAACGUGCUCGUUAUUCUCAAGUAAUCAGGCAGAGCUGAAGGAGAGGCACAGUAAGUGUUACAAAGCAUCAGGUUCUCCAUAACUGCUGGGCUUACAAGCAGAGGAAACUAAAACUAGACCAAGCUGAAGAUCAGUGCUGAAGAAGGAGAUCCAGGUUUAAAUCUGGCUUAGGUGAGAAGCCAAUUAUGAGUAUUUCGUUGUAAUAUGUAGAUAAUAGGCAUAUAUGAGGGCAAGUACUUAACCUGUUUUGAAAGACGUGUUAAUACUGGCUAUUUAACAAAAAGAUAAAAUAAAACCAGUCAAAAUCUACCCCACUCCAAGCCAGGGUGAUUUGAAAACUUGAAAAAAAUGUCCCUCRCCCAAAGAGUAGGUUAUUUUGGUGGGAUUUUGUAAUUCCCUAUCAGUCAAGGUGCUUAUACCUGUGGUAGUCAGCCUUAGUAACUGAAGACUUAAGUUAAUCACAGUCAGUAGUCUCUUCCUGUUUAGAAACAAAAUGCAAAUUAAAAAAUAGUUUUACAGAGAACUGAAGUUCAGCUUACACAUUACUAUAGGGUAUUCAAGUAUGAAGAUAUGUAAUUUUUGUUCAAAGUUAAUUUCUCUCUGAACUUCAGAUGAUGUUUUUGAAGCCUUGUAAACCAAGCACGUGCUCUGGAGCAGUUUAAAUGCUGGCUAAUUAGCAGAAGCAGUUGCAAGGGGUUUCGAGCUGAGAGACCCUGGUAUCRAGAGUGCUUUGUGCAAACCUGGACACACAGGAGAAAACAGGCUGCAGCUUUUGAGCUUCUUGUACCGGUGCCCAUUAGACUCUUUUCUUUUGAUGUCUGAAAACAGUGGUUUUGCUUUUGCUCCUUURUGUUCUUAAAUAGCAUAAAUAUUAUGUCACUGUGCAUAUUUUCUAACUUUUAUAAAUAACCUUUUUUAGAAGCCCUCUGGUAACAGUUGACAAUUAAUUAAAAUGCAAGUGGACAAGGGAAAGCUUUUUUUUCUGCGAGGGACUGAGGUACUUGUAAAAUGUAGAUCAAAAGUAUUUGUACAGUGAGAUUAACCAUAAAAUUCGGUUCUACUGAGAGGUGGGAGCACUGGGCUGUUGCUCUUGAUCUAAAAAGGAAUGGUCAUGCCUGCAGACCCAGGGCAGAGAACACAUGAUACUCUGUUUUAAAGACACUUUGAGGGCAGAGCUGUUUGUCUCGGGGAGGAUGUUCAUCUGCAGGUAUUUUUUGAUUGACUAGACACACCUCACRUGUGCUUCUCCAGCCCACCUUUUCAUCACCACCGGUUACACUUCUUCUUCCUGGGUUCUUUCACUAACUCUAAAUACGGUCUUCAUCCCGGAGCCUCUACAGCACUCCAUCCACUGAGCAUGCCUGUUUUCCCACUGAAGUCUUCGAAGACUUGUGGAAAAGAUGCCAACGCAUCUGUGAGAAGAGGUCAAGGACCAGCCCCCCGUUGCCGUUGCACAGUCUGAUGGCAGCAGUUGUCGAGUGUUUGGGGUGACUUACACGAAUGCAGAUUGGUUUAGUAGGAAUAGGUAUGAAGCUACUAGUUCAGUGGCAACAACUAUUUAUGUGACACCACUCCAUUGCUAAACAGAAGGUCCAGUGCAAGUCACUAGUUAGGUUUAGUUCUUGAAAGCAUUUUUAGUACAAUACAGUGCAGAAAGAAAAGAUCUUAAAAUACUGGCUUUCCAAAUCGAAAUGGACUCUAGGAGGGUAAACUAACAGCAACAUUUAAAGGUAAUAUCACUACUUCAUCCCCUUGAAUAUUUUCUUUACACCAUAAGCCCACAAGGGGGAGAAAUCCAAUAUCAUGCUUUAUUUGUAAGUGUAUUUGAUGAUUAUUUUAAAUCUUUUUCAGUAGCUGUGGUAGUUCUUUGAAUUCUUUGUUGUGAGAUCAUCUGCUUUUCCA